AUGAGGAAUUCGCUGUACGACCGCAUCUGGCGGCGCGAAUCGGGAUACGGGUCGCAUUACUCCAGUAUUCGCAGCAUCUAUGGUUCUAAGGAGUGGGUGGAUGACCUGGACAUCGUGAAUGAGCUGGGCGGCCACACCGGCUGUGUCAAUGCUUUAUCAUGGUCGCGAUCUGGCCAGUUUCUCGCCUCGGGCUCGGAUGAUCUUCACUUGAACAUUUAUUCCUACCAGCCCGACUCCACCAGCGCGCCCUUUUCGCUGAGCACCACCGUGGCCACGGGUCAUAGGGCGAACAUCUUCUCUGUCAAGUUCAUGCCGCAUUCGAACGACCGGACUUUGAUAACGUGCGCAGGCGAUCAUCAGGUCCGCGUCUUUGACCUGGAGUACUCUAGCAGCAAUCAUUCGGCCGACACCUCGUCGGCGUUCGUCUCGUCCGCUCGAAGUCGUCGCUUCAAUAACUUCUUCACCAAUACUCGUUAUCUGAACGAGGGGAACACUAAUGCCCGCAUCUACCGUAGCCACGCGGACCGGGUCAAGCGCAUUGUCACCGAAUCAUCCCCGUACUUGUUUCUCACGUGUUCCGAGGAUGGUGAGGUGCGCCAAUGGGACUUGCGACAGCCAUCUUCCACCUACCCGAAGCCGCGGGGCGGCCAAGGGCCCAUGGCCUAUCGACCGGGUGUGGUCCACGACGAUUCGAACACGCCGCCCCCGCUGAUCUCGUACAAGCGCCAUCAAGUCGACCUGAACACCAUCUCGUGUUCGCCCAGCCAGCCGCACUACAUUGCCCUGGGCGGCGCCCAUCUCCAUUGUUUCCUGCACGACCGGCGCAUGCUCGGGCGCGACCUGCAGGCCGAGGCUGGUGAUCCCGGUACUCCCCCGACAAGCGGCAGUGCACGUAGCGAUGAACUGAUGGGCCAGGCGACCAGAUGCGUUCGAAAGUUUGCGCCCAACGGCAAGCGUCGCAUGAACCCUCGCGGGAGCGGAGACAUCACCGCCUGCAAGAUUAGCGAUGCCAACCCCAACGAGAUGGUCGUCAGCUGGUCUGGAGACCACAUUUACAGUUUCGAUUUGAUUCGCAGUCCGGACGCCACCGAAUCUGACCCCUCGCGCCAAAAGAUCACCCCCGAAACGUCCGACUCUUCUAGGCGACAAAGUUCCACGAACAGGAGGCGCAAGCGCAAGGCCAGGUCCUCGCUUCUUUCCCAUGGAAGUGGAGGGUGGCCGCGAGCCCGCCCCCGUGUUGACGAAAAUGGCGAGGAUCAUGACGGCGACGACGGUGACGACGACGAUGGUGAACUUGCCUUUCGGGUGCGAUACGGAAAUGGGGAGUCGGAGGAUAUUCCGCUGCCGAAUCUAUCGGACCCUCGGUCGGCGCCUCCGGAUUUGAUUGAACAGGCGAGAGAUUCGGUAUUGAACGACGCGCAACGACUCAGCAUGCGGAUCGCAAAGGGACUGGUGAGGCUUCGCAAGGCACUCUUCUCGUUGGGCGACGCCAUGGGCGAAGAUAGCGUGCCCUUUAGCGCGCCCGAUCUAACCCCCUACACGGAAUCAUUUUCCGAUGCUCUGACAGAGGCCGCAACCUACCUGCCGCAAAUGGACGAGGUGAUGCGAACAUGGAGAUACCCUAUGAACCCAAGUCCCGAGGUCGUGGGUAUGCAACAAUCCCUCCGUCGGAAUCGCGAAUCGGCCUGGAGGUUCGUCCAAGCCGCUGGAACAUUAGCGCGGGUCCUAGGAGGCGAGGUGCGAAAUCAUCCCGGCGACCUCAAAUCCGUGAUGGAACAAUUUCAACAGGUUCGGCUAGCCCCGGGAGAGAACAACUCGCUUGACCGGGAACCUCAGUUUUGUUACGACUUCAUCAAGGCGGUUUUGCUGUGGGUGGAAGGCGGCCGGGGGACUUUGCUUGCAGGCUUCAAGCGAACCGACGCCAAUCGACGGAAUAAGGCACGAUUCCCCCUUUCUGAAACGGCAGACGACACAGCCAUCGAGACGACAUUGCUUCCCUACUUGCAAGGGCUGGCGAGUGACACGCCUGUGGUGAAUGUCGAUGCGUCGAGGUUCGAACACGAUCGAAGUCGCUUUAUCAGUCCGACGCAACAUGACAUCACGAGAGCAUUCAGAAACACGCUUCAUCGGCGAAACACGGAUUCCGAGAGCAUGGAAUCUGAGAACAGCGACGAUCAUGAUACGCUGGAACAUCCUGGCCGGAAUACCAAUCGGUCCGUGGAGAGGGGCUUUUGGGCCUUCAAAGUCUGCCGAGGAAUUCUGAUGGAGGCUGGCUCUGGUGUGAACUACGAGUUUGUCAACCGAGCUUUUGGCGGUGUGCGGACGACGUUUGAAGACGAAGAUGAUGAUGCGGAGGUUGAGAGAUCUCAGGAAGAUAUCGACCCCAACGUCGAAGAGGAACCGAUUCGCGAUGUGACUCUAGCUCGGAUGCCUGACCGGUCAGCGCCUGAAAGAACCUCGGGCUCCAGCGGAGAUACAGCCGAAAACCUUAUUUCAUCAGACGCCGGUUCGAUGAGUACUCGAGGAACAUCCGUUGAUGACGACACUAUGGCGAGUGAUGGUGCCUUUUUCGAGCGGGCCAACCAUGACGAAGACGAUGACAUGGAGGAAGAUGAUGACGAGGACGAGGAUGAGGACGACGACGACGACGAUAGUCUGGACGACUUUGGAGUAACGUCAGGUAGCUCUCCGCGCGACAGUGACGAAGAUCUUGAAGCGCAGGAGGAGGAAGAUCGCAUGCUUCGAGGUUACAACAUCCGACGAACGAGAAGAGAAUUAGUGGGCCUUGACGUUCCCUGCUCGUCGCAUACGCGGGUUUAUCGGGGACAUUGCAAUAUCAAAACGGUCAAGGACGUUAACUAUUUCGGGCUCAACGACGAGUACGUCGUGAGCGGCAGCGACUCUGGACAUUUGUUUAUCUGGGAUCGCAAGUCCUCCAAAUUGGUUAAUAUCCUCGAAGCGGACAGCGAAGUUGUCAAUGUCGUGCAAGGGCAUCCGUACGAACCCACCAUUGCAGCAUCCGGCAUCGACAACACCAUUAAGAUCUUUUCCACCGACCGGCGUGCCCAGGAGGAUGCUCGUCGUGGCGUCAAUAUCCUGGAUCCCGACAACGAUGCCAACACUUUAGGGUCGAAUGUUUCGGGGAUCGGCGGUCUUCGAAGCUGCAAGCGCAUCCACGACAGUUAUCGGAUCAUGAGCCAGAAUGAUGUCAACCGGCAAGGUGGGAUGGAUGAAGCGUACAUCACGCGAGAGAUGCUAUCUCAACUUGCGGUGAAUCUAAGGCGUCAGCAGGCCGCCGGAGGAGUUGAAAAUGCCAGUUUUGUCUUGGAAGACAACUGCCAUAUAAUGUGA